AUGGAUACGCCUCAGAAGAAUAUUUCGCAGAUCGGAACUCCAAUUUCCAAAUCCAAAUUCGAGGAUUCUCCAGUGUUCAAUUACAUAAACAGUUUGUCUCCAAUAAGACCUGUCAAAUCAAUUCCCAAUCCUCACCAAUUCACCUCUCUGAAUUUCACUUCCCCUCCCUCUGUUUUCACCUCACCACACCAAUCUUCUUCCCACAGAGAAUCCAGAUUCUUCAAAACUCACAACUCUUCCAAUCCUGUGGAAGAAGAAUCUCCAGACGAAUCUACUUCUAAUGAAGAUGUUUCAGCAGAAGCAGAAGACACUAAAGAAGCUUCCAUUGGAGAAGAAACUUCAAUUGAAACAGAGCUGCCAACAAAUGAUCCUGUUGUGGGAGAAGAUAGCACAGAUCUUUCACUUGUUCCAUACGCUCCUCUUCCUCCUCCUCCAUCUUCUGGAGGAGAGAAUGGUUCGUCUGAGGAUGCUGCAGGAACAGAGUUGCAGAAGAUGUAUGAUGAUAACGUUCAGGGGAAAAUCGAAACUCCGGACUGGGAAAGUUUGAUUUCAGAUGCUUCUGAGCUAUUAAUUUUUGGCUCACCUAAUGAUUCAGAGGCUUUUAGAUGCCUUAUGAUGCAGAAAGCAUCAACCUCCGAAGCACGUCUCCGCAAUGAACCAGAGUCCUCAGACACAAAUCCUUGUGAGACUGUUUCAUUCUUGCAUCGCGGUAUAAGAAGACGUUGCCUGGACUUUGAGCUUCCGGGGAAUAAGCAAACACUGAGCCUGAGCCAGAAUAACAACGCGGCUUGUGUUGUGCCGAGCAUUGGUCUUCAUCUGAAUGCCAUUUUACUGUCCUCAAUGGACAUUAAAACCAAUGUCUCUGAUGAUUACUUUUGUCCCGGGGAGAUACAAGUUGGUUCAAGUUCUACGCUGAAAGAAACUUUGAACCAAACGGAAUACGAAACUAGGGAAGAUGCAGAACAAGAUGUCCUCGUUGAGCCAGCUUUGGAAGAGUUGAACUUGAGCAGCCCCAAGAAGAAAAGGGCUAAGCUGGAAUCUGGAGAAGGAGAGUCAUGCAAGCGAUGCAACUGUAAAAAGUCCAAGUGUUUGAAACUUUACUGUGAAUGUUUUGCUGCUGGAGUCUAUUGCAUAGAGCCAUGUUCAUGUAUAGAUUGUUUCAACAAGCCUAUUCAUGAAGAUACAGUCUUGGCUACUCGCAAACAGAUUGAAUCUCGGAAUCCACUUGCAUUUGCUCCUAAAGUCAUUAGGAGCUCUGAUUCUGUUCAAGAAACCGGGGAUGAUGCAAGCAAAACUCCAGCUUCUGCGCGGCAUAAGCGUGGCUGCAACUGCAAGAAAUCAAACUGUCUCAAGAAAUACUGUGAAUGCUUUCAGGGUGGUGUGGGAUGUUCCAUAAACUGUAGAUGUGAAGGAUGCAAGAACGCAUUCGGCCGUAAAGAUGGGUCUUCAACUGUUGACAUGGAAGCCGAACAAGAAGAGGAAAAUGAAACAUCUGACAAAAGCAGAACAGCUAAAACUCAACAGAACACUGAGGUUCUAUUGAGGAAAAAGGAGACUUCUUCUGCUCAACCUUUGACACCAAUGUCUAUUUACAGACAAGAACCUUUCUCAACAGCUAAGAACAUGAUGCCUCCUCCUCCACAGUCUCUAAUUGGAGGUGGAUCUUCCUCAGGGAUGUUUAAUAGUCAAUAUCUAAGAGAACAAGACAUUAGAUUGACUCAGCCCCGGAUUGAGAAGUCAUUUGAGAGAAUCACAGAGGAGGGAGGUGAAGAAAUGCCUGAGAUUCUCAGCCAUUCCUCUAUAGAUAACAUCAACUCUGUCUCUCCCAACAGCAAGAGGGUCUCUUCUCCUCAUAUGGACUCAUCAAGCUCAGGUUCAAUCUUAGGGAGAAGAAAUGGCGGCCGGAAACUGAUACUUCAUUCGAUUCCAUCGUUUCCUUCCCUCACUCCUCAACACUGA